ACGAUGAUAAAUAAUUGAUAAAGGAAGAUAUUUAAUCAAUCGGAAACUCAGUUCUGUCACAUUUGCUUCUGAAAGAAGAAGAAAUCAGAAUGAAAUAUUUGUGCAUUGUUGCCCUUCUCGCAGUCUCCCUAUACGAGGUAGCAGAGGGAUAUGCAUUUAAGCAUUGCAAAUCAUCAGAUGAUUGUUCUGCUAAGCAAUGUUGUGUUCGAUUAACUCCUGAUAUACCUUACAUAUCAUUCAAGUUGAACAAAUGCAAAGCUCUUCGUGGGGAAGGAAAAGUAUGCAAUCCCAAUGACGACGAUGAAGGCGUGUAUAUGUUCCAAUGCCCAUGCAAAGAAGGUUUACAAUGUGUUGAAGAAUCUAAAAAAUCUUCCUCAGAGGAUUCUUCUUCAUCUUCAUCCGAAGAGGUAGAAUAUAGAUGUCGUGUUCCUUCUACUGAAGCACCAGAAGAAAAAACCGAAGCACCUGUUGAAGAAACCGAAGCACCUGUUGAAGAAACCGAAGCACCUGCUGAAGAAACCGAAGCACCUGCUGAAGAAACAGAAGCACCUGCUGAGGAAACUGAAGCCCCUGAGACUGAAGGCGAAGGCGCAGAAGACAAACAUGAAGAAAAGCCAGAAGAUUCUGAUGCUUAAAACUCAACGCAAAUGAAUAAAGACAAAUUACAUGUAUUUAAUUUUUUAAUGUAAAAAGUUAGAAGAAUUUUUACAGUAGACAAUAAAAAGAACUUAUACUUUA